AUGCGCUUGGAAAAGGAGGGGCCCAGAGGCCCGGAGGUGGCCAUUGUUGCGAAGAGCCAGAGCAGAAGGGAGAGGACGUCCGCUGUGGAAGUUCAGGUCUGCCGGGAGUCACCCCGGCGAGAGGCAGUGGCGCCAAUGGCCUUGUCCUCCAGCUGUGGAGGCAGCGCGGGCACACCUCCGGAGGAGAAGAGGACAGUCCUGAGCAAGGUGGUAAUCCGGCGCCUUCCUCCCAGUCUCACCAAGGAGCAGCUGGAAGAGCAGCUACACCCACUAUCUGCACACGAUUAUUUUGAGUUCUUUACUGGGAAUCUCAGUCUUUAUCCUCAUCGCUACUCAAGGGCAUACAUUAAUUUUAGAAAUCCUGAUGACACUCUUCUUCUUAGAGAUUACUUUGAUGGAUAUAUCUUCAUUGACAAUAAAGGUUGGGUCAUUGGCUUUUUAAACUCGUUACAGUCUUCAAGUACAUUACGUUUUGCUGGAAUAUUACUGAGUUUUAAUUAA